GGUUCGGGUAUAGCUUAUGACAGUUAAACCCAUCAGGUGUAGGACAACCUUAAGUUGACUCAAUACAGAAAAGAUGUAAGACUCAAGGAACUAAGGAGCCCAUUAAGAAAUACAGAAACAUAAGACACUAGACCAAUUUGAAUCUCCCAGGCAAUACUGUGGGGCCAAGGAACAAACGUUCCUUAUUCCCUCCAGACCUACACUGUCAGAGCAACUCACAGAAGAAACAGGGCAGGAAUUGGCAAGGUCCAGACUUCAGGGAGACGGGUCUCCGGCUCCAUGAGGGCCUCUAGCCCUCCAGCUGCGGAAACCAUGUUGAUGGUCCUCAGCCUUUUCUGUGGAGCAUUUUGUUGAGGAACUCUCCCUCUGAGAGCUCAAAACACAAGAAUUUUCAAAUUUGGAGAUUUUCAAACUUGGAAUCACUCAUGAGGUAACCCCCAAGGCUGGGGAAGUGUUCCCAGGAACGCAGAUCUCUGACUUGUACUCUUGGGGUUGGGGUUAGUGGGGAGGGAGAAAUCCACCCCCUCCCCUCAUUGGAUUCUAGCCUGGAAGUCCAAGGCAAAGAAAAUGACCCCCUCCUCUCCAGGGUCUUGCAGCUUCACACCUUCCUAAAGCCAACAUGGGGAGCAGGCAGCCGGAUGGAGAAAGGGCUGGGUCCUGGAGUGCUUGGUGACCGUCCUGCUGGGCAGGGGUGGGAGGGAUUGGGACCCCCAGGGUGGAAGGUUCCUAGGUAGGGAAGGAGCCGGGGAGGGGGGAGCUGGAGACUCUCUGGCCAAUCCCCUCAUUUCCCAGACGAGGAAACAAGAUGUGUGGGUGGGCUCUUGGAAAGUUUCCUGGACCUGCCCGAGGUCACGGGGUCGUGGCUUGGGGCCAGGAUUGGAACAUGGGUCCCCUGACUGGAGGCAGGCACUAGGGCCGUCAGCCUGUCAGACAUGACAGCUGACUUGGAGGCACCCACUGGUGUCCUUUGACCUCUGACCUCUGGGGCUGUUCCCAGGGUGCCCUGAGGAAGCCAUAGCCAGACUGGGGAAGGCAGGGAGGGCCCGGAGAGGACAGAAGGAGGAACAGGAGGUGGCCGCGCUGGCAUGGACGUGUUCCAGAAGGUGGAGAAGAUCGGUGAGGGCACCUACGGGGUGGUGUACAAGGCCAGGAACAAGCAGACGGGGCAGCUCGUGGCCCUGAAGAAGAUCCGCCUAGACUCGACUCUCCAGUCUCAUCCCCUGCAACCCAUCCCUUGCUGCAGAGAGACUGAGGGCGUCCCAAGCACCGCCAUUCGAGAGAUCUCCCUUCUCAAAGAGCUUAAGCACCCCAAUAUUGUCAGGCUACUAGAUGUGGUACAUAGUGAGAAAAAGCUAUAUCUGGUGUUUGAGUUCCUCAGCCAGGACCUGAAGAAAUAUAUGGACUCAGCUGCAUCCACAGAACUCCCUCUGCACCUGGUCAAGAGCUACCUCUCCCAGCUGCUCCAGGGGGUAAAUUUCUGCCAUUCUCAUCGGGUCAUCCACCGUGAUCUAAAGCCCCAGAACCUUCUCAUCAAUGAGUUAGGUGCCAUCAAGCUGGCUGAUUUUGGGCUGGCCCGGGCCUUUGGCGUGCCCCUGCGUACCUACACCCAUGAGGUGGUAACCCUCUGGUAUCGCGCCCCUGAGAUUCUCCUGGGCUGCAAGUUCUACUCAACAGCCGUGGAUGUCUGGAGCAUUGGUUGCAUCUUUGCAGAGAUGGUGACACGCAGGGCCCUGUUUCCUGGGGAUUCAGAAAUUGAUCAGCUGUUUCGAAUUUUUCGAACCCUUGGCACACCCAGUGAGGCCACGUGGCCAGGGGUCACCCAGCUGCCAGACUACAAGGGCAGUUUCCCCAAGUGGACCAGGAAGUCGAUAGAGGAGAUUGUGCCCAGCCUUGACCCAGAGGGCAAGGACCUGCUCAUGGUCAUGCUCAGCCCCACGCCAGGGCAUGCUGGAGCAUUUUUGCCGGUGAAGGGGAUGGGCGUCCAGCUUCUACCCUCUUCCCCCUCCUCAGGCCCGAUACCCAAAGUCCCUUCUGCAGCUGCAGCUCUAGCCAUCUUUCCCUAAUGUUGGGAAGGAAUUACAGGCAGGGUGAGCUUUGUGUCUAGGUUCAGCUAUGGCCUGGGGACCAUGAGAGGCUAGGUUUGGACCAGUCCUUCUACCAGGUUAGUAAGAGUUCCCAUGUUCUUUGUUGGGUUUGACAGCAUCUCUUCAGAGUGGAGGGCACAGCCGCCUCAUAAGGGUGAGGGAGAGGUGAGAGAGCAGCUCCCUUGUACUUAGGAACAGUGGUGGGUGGUGCUUAGGGAAAGAGGGCCAAUUGGUUUUUUGUAUCCACUUUGCUCUGCUUCUUAGGAGCAGAUCUUUUUGACAUCAUUGACCUAGCCCAAACUUUACCUUCAGGUCAAAAAUUCCAAGAUAGAGGGGACUCUGUUCCUGUACCCCACAUCCAGCCCCCCUGCUGUUCUUUUGGGGUUUAAACUAUUUAGGACAGAGUUUAAUUCCGUUUAGAAGAGUUAGAAGAGAGGGGAAUUUUUCCAUACAUGGUCAGUGGCAAGUAAGUGAGUUGGGUGUGUUUUCAGCAGUUGGCUAUUUACCUAUGAUGUAAUUGCAUUCAUGUGGUCAUAGAUUCAAGAAUAAGAAAUAAAAAUUACAUUUAUGAG